AUGUUCAAACUCGCCAGCUUUGUCCUCCUUACCGCAGCUCUCGGGAGCGUUCUCGCUGCUCCGGCACCUGACACACCUCUGCCGUACAAUCCCGGAGGACCAAUCAUUACGACGUCGCCGUCUUCCAAGCGCGCGCCGACAACCACCGUUAUUUGCCCGGCGUGA